CGCCAACAAAGCGUAUACUUCCCACAUCGAGGCACAACAAUAAAUGUUACCGAUCGCAACUCAAUCCGAGAUUGGGUUAUGACGUGAAGGGCACCAAGGGACAGGGUGGCGAUAAAAUUCGGCUCUAGGUCCUGCGGGUGCUGUUACCAUUAAUGUAAUUUCGUCGUUGAUCUGAACGCUUACCCUGGCUCUCUCCCUCUCUUUCUCUCUUUUUCUUUUUUUUCAUUCUCCCCGACCGACGUACUAGGAUGUGUUGAGGAGGGUAUACAAAUCCUUUACUCUUUUUUCUUUUUUUUUAAUUCGUCGGCGGUUUUCUCUUUUCUCUUUCUUGGUCACAUAGUUUUUUAUUCCCCCUCCCCUUUUUGAUGUCGAGGGAGGAGAGAUCGCCUCCGCCGACAGACACUGCUACUGCUACCACUGCUACAACAACUUCGUCACGAACACACGACCCCGCUGCUUCUUCUUCACACAGACGCGCGCCUUCACCUCAGCCUGAAGCGAGCACCAGCACCGGUAUCACGCGCAGACGCCGUCGCGAAUCAGAACCAGGACCACAACCCCAGGCAGAGGAAGAACCGAUGUCGAAACGGGUCCGCCGCCGCUCGGUGGGGAGUUCCUCAGAGGGCGACACGGAGAAAAACCCGACGCCACCACCAACGCAGAAGAAGAAACGCACACGCACGCUUACGACCCCUCACCAGUCGGCGGUUCUGCAUGCUCUCUUGGCUCAAUCACGAUUCCCUACUACAGCGAUGAGGGAAGAAGUAGGAAGGUCUAUUGGUCUGAGCGCGAGAAAGGUUCAAAUAUGGUUUCAAAAUCAACGUCAAAAAGCACGGCGCCCACGGAGCCAAAGCGAUAUUCCCCUGACGCGUCCACCACAGUACGGCCCGUUCCCGAGCACGUCUCACCCGCUCCCACCGUCGUUCCCACCCCACUACGGUUAUCCUCCAGGCCCCGCCCCGCCCCCGCCCCCGCCGUACUUUGAGCCCUCGUCGUCGUCGCUCCUCGGUCCGGGUAUGCCAGGCAGGUCGUUCCCGCCUCCCCAACAGCAGAGCCCAUUCCGGUACUCCCGCCUGCAAGAGCCCUAUGCUCCUCCACCGCCCUCUCCGCCUCCUCCGUCCCUCUCGCGCCGAUUAGACUACUCACGGACUCUCCCACCCUUAUCGUUCCCAGGCGCUGGCAGCAGCAGCAGCAGCCCCCGCCCGUCAUCCGCCCCCUUCCGUCUCUUCCGUGGUGCCAGCCCCGCACAGUUUCGUGGUGCUAGCCCGGGGCAGUUUCGUGGUGGUAGUCCGGCGCCACUCCCAACGCGCUCGUAUCACCGCUCCCCCUCCCCCGAACGUAUCCUCCCUCUUCCAAUCCAGUGGGGACCGGGUGAGGGCCCGCCACCACCACCUGCGUUCGGAGGGACAUGGGCACGACCAAGCUCAGGGAGCGGCACGGUGUUAUCGCCUGUCCACGCGAGGCGGUAUUCCUAUUCCUUAGAUGAGCCCCCCGCCCUUCCUACACCCCCUCCUGCUCCCGCUCCCACUCCAAGGCGCUCGGGACGAUACGAUCCCGUCCGUGGUACCAUCAUCCCCUCCGAGCCAACUCCGCCUCCUCCAGAAGAGCAAGACCGUCCGAGUGCUUCUCUGUCGUCGCAGACCUCCCGCCCGCUUUUCACCCGCGUCUCUGCCACAGGGUCCCCCCACCCCAUUAAUGCAUGUAUACCCCUCAGUAUCAGGCGUCAGCGUAUCUGGAAUGGAUGGUUCGCCCAUGGCAACCCUUUCCCGACUUGUGACAAUCGGGAGAGCGGAGUCGGGCGGGGGAUCAAGGAGCGACAAAUAUUACGAGGGCGAAAUCAUAUCAUCGCGAGGUUUCUCUUGUCACGAAAUCCGUCAAUCUUCGAGGCCUACGAGUCGUCUCGCCUGUCCCAGAAUAUAACCGGUGCUCCUCGUGGAGACUGA